AUGGCUGCCGACGCUGCCGAGCAUGUGGUUCCCGGCUUGUGGCUUCCACGCGCCGGAGGGAGCGUGGAGCACCUGACCAUCAACAAGACCGACGUGCACGACCCGGCAGCUCUUGGUGGGCCGACCUGCGCUACUUGCGCGGCUCGUCCACAGGUAGAUGGUGUGCACUGGUGGCGCGGCGCAGAGAGCAGCGCAUGGCUGUGCUGGGCGUGCGCAAGGAGCACAGGCCGCUUGGGCCUGGUCACGAACUCUCGGAAUGCGGCCGGCGGUGGGCACACCUUGACCCUUGUACAGCUCGAUCUGCUGGGAGUGUACCCGGACGAGACCAGAUGGACGUGCGAUGAGUGUCGGAGAGUGGCGACCCUUGCGCCUGUACGGGGCCGUGAGCGUGAUAUGGGGCUGCACGCGCUUGCACCCGUUGCCGGCGCCGACUACGACAUCUGUUUCGCCUGCACCUCCGCCACCAUCAUCGCUGGCGCUCCGCUUCGCUCUUGGCUCCACGAGCACCCACUGGAGCUUCUGGCCAAUCCACGCGAAGUCUACCCAGGCUUUGCCGGCGUGUGGCACUGCGACGGAUGCGGCAGCGUUCAGCGAUCGCAGACGCUGCCGAUGAUGGCCUGCCGCCACGCAGACUGUGAGUUUGACCUCUGUCCGGCGUGCGCGGUUGGAUCCGUGGCUGCAGCAGAGGACGAGGCCAACUCUCGGCAGGCUGCUGGCCAUGAUCAUCGUCUUGUGCGCUCGCGUGUGGCCGAGGUCUAUCCCAGCCAGAUGUGGGCGUGUGACGGGUGCGGCGCGAGCUCGGGCGCCUGGUUGUGGCACUGCGGCUUGGGCUGCGACUAUGAUCUGUGCAGCGGAUGCAUGCUUGCACGCACCGAGCGAAGGCUGGCGCUCUCGGGGCCGAUGGUAGAGCUUGGAGCCCAUGACCACCCUCUAGUUGCCACUGACCCGGACGUAGUCUACGCCGCGCAUGGCGGCCGGUGGCGGUGCGAUGGCGUUUGCGGCCGCAGCUUGACGGCUACAGACGGCGCGAUGUGGCACUGCACUCGCGGCUGCUCGUACGACGUGUGCGAGACGUGUCUAGCAGUCGCGAGCCCACCAGUUUGUCGCACUUCCGGGCUCUGCGUCCUCUGUCGCUUCCGCGCUGCCGACGCUGUCAUCGUCCCGUGCGGGGACGCUCUGACGUGCCGACACUGCGCCGAGGCGCAGAUGAAGCGGGUGCCGGGCACGUGUCCUAUUUGCCUGGCAAGUGCAAGCGCGGUUGUGACAGCUGUCCGCAGUCUUGCAUGUCUCGUCUGCUUUGCUGACACACCUGGCCACCAAGUGUUUGCGUUUUCGGCGCGGUGCAAGCAUGUUUUAUGCGUGGAGUGCGCAGAACACAUGGUGCGCGACGCGCUCGCCGACCGGGCGCUCAUUCCGCUCCGCUGCCCGGUGAUGGACGGUAGCCAGCGAUGCACAGGCGUGAUGCAGCCGCAAGACGUGGGAGCGCUCGCGCUCCGGACUUUGAUCACCCCCGACGAGGUGGAGGCCUUUGAGACCGCGCACACCACUGCGGCUCUGCCUGCCGCUGUCCGGGCGUACUGCCCGUUUUCCGAGUGCUCCGGGCUGGUUUUUGUUGAUGCCGAAGACGCAGAGUGCGCAACGGCGGCCGAGGCAAUGCGCUCGGUGACCUGUCCGUACUGCGCGCGCCCCUUUUGCUGGGCAUGUCGCAGCGCGUGGCAUCCGGGCGCCGACUGCAACGCCGCCGCCGGCGCGUCGGCCGCCACCCGCGAGCUCAUUGCGCUCUCGUCGCGGCCGUGCAUCGACUGCGGUGCCGCCAUUGCCCACGCACGCGGCCACGCCUGCCACCAUAUGACUUGUCCGUGCGGCGGCGAGAUGUGCUUUGUGUGCGGCGGCCGCUGGCCCUGCCGCCAAGGCUGCCCCAUGUACUGCACCAACGCGCAGAGCGCCGAUGCGUAA